UUAUUGUUAGAAUCAAAGAGGGAAGCCGUGUCCGCUCUGAAGUCAAAAACAGCAACAGCAUCAUCAACAAAAUGUCCUUGCGAAGCUUUGCAUCUCGCACUUAUUGCACUCAUGCAGGAGGCGCAAUCAGGUAUCUUCUUCGUUCUCAUCAAGUUGGGGCGCUUUCGUCAUUUUCAUCACUCGGAAAUGAUAGCAAGAUGAUGAUGAUGAUGACGACGACGACGAAGACCACGACUACCACUACCACUACCACACAACGUCACUACUCUGUAACAUACCGCAAGGAAGAACAAGAAAAGGAAGAUCCCAGCGCAUUGAUUCCUCCUUCCAUGGAUAUGGCCAAAUCCAUGGCCACUGGGUUGAGUCAAAUGGACAAUACCACCCUCACUACCAUUGCCGCCUUGGGACAUCACGAAGCUGGAUGCGAAGUCUUGAGGAGACAUAUCAUGGCCGUGGACAAUCUUAGUUAUGCGGAUGCCUGCGUCCAAUAUGAAGAAAUUGCCAAAACCAAUAGGGGUACUUUGAACAUUGAGACGGUGCCCUAUCUAAUUGGAAUUUCUCUUGGUAUGAUUGGUGCCUUUGGUGCACUCCCCAUGGUCUUUGAUUUGACUACGGCUCUUUGGUUCAAUGACGCAUACGUGACAACGGACAUUCCUGAGCCACGAGAUUUGGAAACCAAGCUGGAAGUAGGAUCCUGGACUUGGAAUUGGAUGGAACCCCCACUCGGUACCUUUAGCUUUGUUUUGCUUUGUUUGCAAUAUGCUAGAGGUCAAAUCCAAAACUUGGGACUUCACCCUUACACGUCCAUGGUUCGACGCCGUCGGGCAGAGCGAUUGGCAGACCGAUAUCCACAAUACAGUUCGGAAGUGCUCAAGCAAUUCAGUUAUUCUGAUCGACUCAUUGGAUAA